AUGGCAGUACCUAACAUUCUCAUCUACCUGCUUCGACACGACCUACGCAUCGCAGACAAUCCAGUGCUUCAUCACCUCGCGACUACUGCUGAACACGGCUUUACUCAUGUUCUCCCAGUUUACGUGUUCCCGGCACACCAAAUCGAGAUAUCAGGCUUCCUUCGCGAGAACGCCAAGUCCCCUUACCCCGAAGCACGCAGCCAAAUCGGCAAGUUCUGGCGAUGUGGUCAUCAUCGCACUAAGUUCGUUGCAGAGUCUGUUUGGAAUCUGAAGGAAUCCCUUGAAAAGGUGGGGAGCGGCCUGGCUCUCAGAGCAGGCAGGUUUGGCGACGUUGCCGAAGACCUCCUUCAAGGCUUUGCAGACAAACAACAGAAAGUUGGCGCCAUAUGGAUGACCUCCGAGGAAGCUAUCGAAGAGAAGAAGGACGAAGAAGACGUUUCUACAGCCUGCAAGAAGCACGGCGUUGCCUUCAAGACUUGGCUGGAUGAGAAGUACUUCAUUGAUGACCGCGACCUUCACUUCAAGUCUCCUGAUGAGCUAGCCGACGUGUUUACGGCCUUCAGGAAGACUCAAGAACCACUUCGCGAAAAACCAAGGCCCACACUGCCACCACCCAGCAAGGGAUCUCUUCCACCUUAUCCGGACCAAGACACCCUUCCUCCACAGCGAAGUCCCUUUGAUAUCCCUUCAACCUUUGACGCUCUGGAGUCGGCCCUUCUCAAGCCUUUGACAAGCCCGUUUUCUGACGAACCCGAGUUUCCCGAAAAUGCCCAGUCGGUACACCCAUUCCAGGGAGGUGAAGGGGUCGCCCUUCAGCGGCUUGAUCAUCUUGUCAAGACGGGAGCCAUGUCUAGUUACAAAGAUACCCGUAACGGGCUUCUUGGGGUCGACUUUAGUACCAAACUAUCGGCCUACUUGUCGUUCGGCUGUUUGACAUCUCGGCAAAUUCACGAGGCUAUGGUUAGGUUUGAGGAUGGCCAAGACGAUAAGUUUAAAGGAACCCCCGGAUACGGAAAAGGGGAAAAUGACGGGACUAAAGCAGUCCGUUUUGAAUUGCUAUGGCGCGACUACAUGAGACUGUGUACGAGAAAGUUUCAAGAAAAGCUUUUUCGUGUUACUGGAUUUAAGGGGGACACAACGCCAAAGUGGAAGUCGGCGGACCCAGAACACGUCGUCUCCGAUGACAACAUGGGCACGUCGGUCAAGAAGAUACAGCAAAUACUGCAACGGUUCCUCAACGGCACCACUGGCAUGGGGUUGAUUGACGCUUCGCAACGAGAGCUUUGGCACACAGGCUACACAUCUAAUCGAGCGCGUCAAAAUGUGGCGUCCUUCUUGACCAAGCACCUUGGCAUCGACUGGCGUUAUGGAGCGGAAUGGUACGAGUACCUCCUCGUUGACUAUGAUGUCAGCUCCAAUUGGUCCAAUUGGCAGUAUGUCGCUGGAGUGGGUAACGACCCUCGCGGGGACAACAGAAUCUUCAACCCGGUCAAGCAAGCUUUCGAUUACGACAAGUCCGGAGAGUACGUCAAGGCUUGGGUGGUCGAAACACGCGAGAUCGAAAAGCUCGAGAACGUUUUCCAGUUAUGGACCACACCUCAAGAAGAAUUGGAGCGUCUAGGCCUAAGCGACAGCAUUCUGGUCACCGACCCUAUCAAGAAGAUUGAGUUUUCCGUGGAAGGGAAGCCUAAGACCGGUCGUCGGCAGUACAACAAUCGGAAGAGAGGGAGGGGUAACUCCAACCACAACGGGACCGGCGGGGGAGGGCCCCGAGGACCGCCAUCCGCUUCAGGAGGUCCAUUUGGAGGUCUAUCUGGAGGUCCAUCUGGAGGUUUUGGGCCCCAGAAUGGAGUUGCCUCUGAUCAAGGGUCCACCAGCCAUUCAUCCUCCAGGUCGCCGCCGAACGGACCGCAGGGAUAUCGGACAAACAGUGGCUAUCGUGGUGAUUUCCGCGGCGGAUAUCGUGGUGGGCGCGGUGGGCGAGGCGGUGGCUACCGCGGAGGACGUGGAAGCUUUAGUGGCAGAGGAGGGGGCUUCAACAACUCGCACUACGCCCCGAACAUGCCGCCCAAUGGGCACCCCAACGGCCAGCCUCGCCCGCAAUGGACCACCACAGCAUCCGGUCCGAUCAUGUAG